ACGUGGCUCCACCCGGUGACGUGACGUGGCGGGAGCCGGUCUGCGCUGAGUUGUACUUCCUGUCAGUGACGUCAGCCGGUGACGAGGCAAAGGCAGCGCCGGCGCGGGGCAGGAGUCUCCAGCAAUCAUGGCAUCAUAUCAAGAAUUUAUUCAACAAAACGAAGAACGAGAUGGCAUUCGGUUCAGCUGGAAUGUAUGGCCAUCCAGUCGACUCGAGGCUACGCGCAUGGUGGUCCCUCUAGCUUGUCUCUUCACUCCUUUAAAAGAGCGUCCAGAUUUACCACCGAUUCAGUAUGAACCUGUUCUGUGCAGCAGAGCUACCUGCAGGGCUGUACUUAAUCCACUUUGUCAGGUGGACUAUCGAGCAAAGCUCUGGGCGUGCAAUUUUUGUUUCCAAAGGAACCAGUUUUCACCAUCUUACUCGGGCAUUUCCGAAUUGAAUCAACCAGCUGAACUAUUGCCUCAGUUUUCAACUAUUGAAUAUGUUGUUCAGCGAGGUUCAUCUGCCCCUCUCAUCUUCUUGUAUGUGGUGGACACUUGCUUGGAGGAAGAUGAUCUACAGGCCCUCAAAGAAUCCCUGCAGAUGUCCCUGAGUCUGCUCACUCCCAACUCACUGGUUGGUCUGAUUACUUUUGGUCGAAUGGUGCAGGUCCAUGAACUGAACUGUGAGGGGAUUUCCAAAAGUUAUGUCUUCAGAGGCACAAAGGACCUGACAGCAAAACAAAUCCAGGAUAUGCUGGGACUUGCAAAACCACCAGCAGGAGUUCAAGGAAGCGCCCCUCAACCACAAGAGCACCCUGGUUUAUCCAGCAGGUUCUUGCAGCCAGUUCAUAAAAUUGAUAUGAAUUUGACUGAUCUGCUUGGAGAGCUUCAGAGGGAUCCGUGGCCUGUACCUCAGGGGAAAAGACCUUUGCGUUCGACUGGCGUAGCUCUUUCCAUUGCUGUCGGUUUGCUUGAGGGCAGUUUUCCAAAUACUGGAGCAAGAAUAAUGUUGUUUACUGGAGGACCACCAACCCAGGGACCAGGCAUAGUGGUGGGGGAUGAACUAAAAACACCGAUCCGUUCCUGGCAUGAUAUAGAAAAGGACAACGCACGGUUUCUGAAGAAAGCAACCAAGCACUAUGAGGCUCUGGCGAACCGUGCAGCAGUGAAUGGACAUUGCAUUGACAUCUAUGCUUGUUCUCUGGAUCAGACUGGACUUUUGGAGUUGAAGUGCUGCUGCAACCUGUCUGGAGGUUAUAUCGUGAUGGCAGACUCGUUCAACACUUCCCUCUUCAAGCAAACAUUCCAAAGGGUUUUCAGUAAAGGUCUGCAAGGAGAUUUCAGAAUGGCAUUUGGUGCCAGUUUAGAGAUUAAGACAACCAGAGAACUUAAAAUUGCCGGAGCAAUAGGGACCUGUGUGUCGCUGAACUCCAAAGGCUCUUCAGUAUCUGAAAAUGAAUUGGGUAUUGGUGGUACAUGCCAGUGGAAAAUAUGUGGCUUGGAUCCCAGCACCACCUUGAGUAUCUAUUUUGAAGUGGUCAAUCAGCAUAAUGCACCAAUCCCUCAGGGUGGACGAGGUGCUAUUCAGUUUGUCACCCAUUACCAGCAUUCCAGCAGUCAGAGACGCAUCCGAGUUACUACAGUAGCCAGAAACUGGGCGGAUGCACAGAGCCAACUCCAGCAUAUAGAAGCAGCAUUUGAUCAGGAGGCAUCAGCUGUGCUGAUGGCAAGACUGGGUGUUUUCAAAGCUGAGUCUGAAGAAGGACCCGAUGUGCUUCGUUGGUUGGACAGACAGUUAAUCCGACUGUGUCAGAAAUUUGGCCAGUUCCACAAAGAUGAUUCCAACUCUUUCAAGCUUUCUGAAACAUUUUCCCUCUAUCCACAGUUCAUGUUCCAUCUGAGAAGAUCCCCUUUCCUUCAAGUUUUCAAUAAUAGUCCUGAUGAAUCAUCAUACUACCGUCAUCAUUUCAUGAGACAAGACCUGACGCAGUCACUGAUCAUGAUUCAGCCUGUUCUCUACUCUUAUUCUUUCUAUGGACCCCCUGAGCCCGUGCUUUUAGACAGUGGCAGCAUCUUACCAGACCGAAUACUCCUCAUGGACACUUUCUUCCAGAUUGUCAUCUACCAUGGAGAGACCAUUUCUCAAUGGCGGAAAGCUGGAUAUCAGGACAUGCAAGAGUAUGAAAACUUCAAACAGCUUCUGCAAGCUCCACUGGAUGAUGCACAGGAAAUACUGCAGACUCGAUUCCCAAUGCCACGUUAUGUUGACACAGAACAUGGAGGGAGUCAGGCUCGAUUUCUUCUAUCAAAAGUGAACCCAUCACAGACUCAUAAUAAUAUGUAUGCUUGUGGACAGGAAUCUGGAGCACCAAUCCUGACUGAUGAUGUUAGCCUUCAGGUCUUUAUGGACCAUCUAAAAAAGUUAGCUGUAUCUAGUUCAUCAUAAAUCAAGCUGGUGCAGAAGCGCACAGGAAAAUAGUGAAUUCAUGUCAAAUCUUUGUUUUGAAUUAUGACUGCCUUGCAUUCAUUGUCGCAUCUUGCUUGUGGGUGGAUUUCCUAAUUUGAUUUUGUUUCAUUUCAUUCCAAACUACUGCAUUCCUAUUUGAGAAAAUGUUUUCUUCUAACGUCCUGUAAUCUUUAAUUUAUCAUUCGAUCACUGUCUUUUAUAUACAUGUUCAAUGCUAUUAAUAAAUGAACUUAAAUAUA